AUGGAUAAAUUGAGCGGGAACAAUGAGACGGUGGUGAACAGCUCCAUAGACAAGUGGUCGUUCAAUGAACACGGCUCGUACCAACACCUGGACCCCGGGCAGCUGAGGGUCUUGGUGCCAGCUAUUCUGGGAGUCAUCUGUGUCUUGGGGGUGGCUUGUAAUCUCACUGCGAUGGUUAUCUUGUUCUCCAACGCUCAUAGGGGCAAACUGUCCCUCAUCAACUCCCUCGUCUUCAACCUGAUGUUUGCCGACGUGCUCGUGCUGCUGUUCACGGUGCCUUUCAGGGCUGCGUCCUACUCCAAAUCUAGCUGGAAUCUGGGCUGGCUGGUCUGCAAGACGGCCGACUGGUUCCUCCAGUCCUGCAUGGUAGCGAAGAGCUUCACGGUGGCUGUCAUGGCCAAAGCGUGCUACCGCUACGUGUCCAACCCCACCAAGCAGGUGAGCAUCCACCUGGGCUCCAUGCUGGUGGUGUUCCUCUUCAUCUGGCUUUCCGCCUGCUCGGUCACCAUCCCUCACUGGCUGUUUGCCACACUGAAGAGAGAAAUCCGCGGGCUGGUGUGUGUGCUGAUGGUUCCUCCUGAAGCCCGGGACUUCAUGGCUGUGUACGUCAAAGCGUACCCCCUGGGGGUCUACUGUGCACCUCUCUGCUUCGCCCUGAUGUAUUUCUGUAGGGCGUAUAGCCAAUGCCAGCGCCGCUCCAGUAAAACUCAGAACCUGCGCACCCAGAUCAGAGCCAGGAAGCUCACCUUGAUGCUGUUUAGCCUGACUGUGGCCAUGACUAUUCUCUGGCUUCCACAGUGGGUGGUGUGGGUUUGGGAGCGUCACGUCGCGGAGAAGGAAAUCGAAGGAGCUCAGCCCCUCAUUUCCUCUCUUCCCCCUCUUCUAACCCUCUCUGCCCAGCUGCUCACCUUCUCUCUGUCCCUGGUGAACCCUCUCAUCGUCCUCUUCCUCUCCGAGGAGUUCAGAGAGGGCUACAGGGGGCUGUGGAGGCGCCUCACCCUGCGCAAGCAACCUCCUCCAAAGCCAAAGCCGGGACCUCACAACCCUACAACUCUCCAGUCGCCUUGCCCCAGACCAGAGACUUCGGGCCAGCUGGGGGGGGAGAGGAGCCUUCGACCAAGCUUCAGCCAGGGUCCCAGCAGUGAGGCUCAGCCCCAGCCGGGGCAAGGAGAAAAGAGAGAAGAAGACAGGCUGAGCCUCAAAGAUGGGAUCGUCUUGCUUGAUGUGGAGCAGUUCUGGCACGGGAGGGAGAGUGGAUCGAACGCAGACGAAAAUGAUCCAGUGCCGUGGGAGCACCAGAGCAAAGACGGGGAAAAAUAACAACCACGUUCCAGCUGAUCUUCA